GGGCUGGGAACAUGAAUUUGGUCUGCACAGCCCAGUCCCAAGCAAAGCAAGCAACCCACAGAGCCAGCAGAAGGCUACUGUUUUGUAAGCCGUGACUAAAGAUGGGAGGGGUCUGGCCCUAGGGUGCUGGAUGUCUACACACACCUCGCAUGCUUUGCUGAGCCCAAAGAACCCAGUAGCUGGCACUGUAUGGCCUACCACUCCAGUCUUGGGACACAGCUUUGAGGUGGGGGUAGGAGACUGGAAGAGGGAGGGACUGGCUGUUCCAAGAUCUGAAGACAUAGUUCCUCUGACCUUCCUGGGCACACUAAGACACCCUUCUCUUGCCUGCUCGCCUGCAGUAAUCAGAGAAACUGGGCCAUGAGUGUCUGUGAGGCCACACAUCACCACUCCAGCCGGGAGUGUGUCCCCUUUCCGGUCCAGAAGGACGGCCUAGGACUCCCUGUGCCUGCUGCUUUCCUUUCCUUUCCUCUGGAAGAGCCUGGCUUCAGACCCCUGGUCCCAGGAACCCUUUCCUCUCCAGUUGCCUCCCUAGAGGAAGAGGAGGAAGAGGAUGAGAACUUUGCAGGCCCUCCUGAGGAGCCUGAGGGGCUUUACAGCGAGGAGCACUCGAGCCAGUUCUUUGCCGAAGCACGGCGGCUGUGGGAGCAGAGGCUGCUGCUGGACGAAGAGGUGUCAGUCGGUGCGCGGGUUUAUGGAGUGCAUCGAGUCAUCUUGGCGGCAGUCAGCAGCCUCUUCCGUGGCAGGCUGCUGGGUGGCGGGGGCUCGAGAGGUGGCCUCAGCCUGGAUGUGGCCCCUGGGGGCUGGGAGGCCGUGCUGACCUUCGCCUACAAGGGUGUACUGGGCCCCGCCUCGCAAGGGGAUGUGGUGGCUGCAGCGGAGGCCCUGGGAGCGCCCCGGGUGAAGGCUGCAGCCCAGCGGAGGUGCGAGGUCCCUGGAAACACCAAGGAAAAUGAAAAGCCGCCCAGCCAGGCGGAGGAGCUGAGGGAAAACCUGCGCAGCAUCGAGCGACUCUACCGAGAGGGUGUUGGGUGUGACCUAGAGCUGGAGGCAGAAGGCUACCGGCUGCAGGUGCACCGAGCAGCCCUGGCCUGUGGCAGUGAGUUCUUUGGGGCCAUGCUCCUGAGUGGAAUGAGGGAAUCCCAAGGCUCAGAGGUAUCUCUACGUACCAUGUCUUCCCAGGACCUGCAACUCCUUGUCUCUUUUGCCUACUCUGGGGUAGUGAGGGCGAAGUGGCCAGGACUUCUGAGAGCUGCCCAGGCUGCUCUGCAGUACCAAAGUUCUUCCUGCCUGGAUCUGUGUCAGAAAGCUUUGGUGCGAGGCCUCAACCCUGCCCGUUGCCUGGCCUUAUUCGCCAUAGCUGAAGCCCCUGGUUUGGAGAGGCUCUGGAGUAAAGCUCGUCACUACCUCCUUAGUCACCUGCCUGCUGUGGCUUUGUGCCCUGCUUUCCCUUCCUUACCAGCUGCCUACCUGGCUGAGCUCCUGGAUAGUGAUGAACUUCAUGUACAGGAGGAAUUUGAGGCCUUCAUGGCUGCACGGUGUUGGCUAGCUGCCAACCCUGAGACACAGGAGUCCGAGGCCAAGGCCUUGCUACGCUGUGUCCGCUUUGGCCGUAUGUCUACCAGAGAGCUGAGAAAAGUGCGGGCAGCUGGGCUCCCCUCAUCGUUGCCCCCAGACUUGCUGUACCAGCUGAUGGUGGAGGCUGAGGUUCCAGGUCAAGAGAGGUGGAGAAAACCUGACCAGGCACUGGUGGUGAUUGGUGGGGACGAGCUCAGACCUGACAUGGCCCGAAGACAGACUUCUCAAAAAGUGUGGUGGGCCAGGGCCUUCCACUGUGGCAUGGGACUGGUACGAACUGUGGAGUGGGGACAGCUGCCUGCUCUGCCUGCCCCCGGGCGCUUCCGGCAUGGGGCUGCAAGCCUGGCAGGAAGUGAACUCUAUGUGUGUGGGGGUCAGGAUUUCUACAGCCACUCCAACACUCUGGCUUCAACUCUCAGGUGGGGCCCCAGUCAAGAGGACUGGGAAGAGAUGGCAUCUUUGUGCCAGGCUCGGAGUCUGUUCCCUCUAGUGGCAUUGAAUGGACAACUUUAUGCCUUAGGUGGACGAUAUAAUGGUGUUGCCCUUAACUCUGUAGAGACCUACGAUCCUGAGCUCAAUGCCUGGAGUAUGAGCCAGGCACUAUAUGAGGCCCAAGGACACACAGGUCAGAGCUCCUGGCAGAGGACACUUCAUGAGAUUUCCCAUACAAGUACUGUGAAAGCAUGAGAUUACUAUAAAAGCUGAGAGGAUGAAGGCAUGAACUCUGUUUGUGGAGCUUCCAUAAGAAGAGGCAAGUAGAUGUAGUUUGAACUGAACUUUCAGGGCUGCCUGGAAAUGCACCAGUUUGGAGGUAGAAUUGCAGCUCAGUAGUAGAAUGCUUCUCAAGUAUUUGUGAGAUCCUGGGUUUCAUCUUUAGUGUGUGUGUUUGCGCGUGCACACACGCACGUGCACACACACACACACACACACAUACACACACACACAGUACAACUCCACAGUUAGAGAAGGAGGAAUGCAUCUUAGAAAGAAAGAAGUAAUUGGGGUAUGUGUGCACUGUGCCCUGCUUCUCCAUAGAAGGAGAAACCAGCAUUCUAGAGAUUCUUGAGAGAAUUCUGCUGCUGUCACCACCCUGCCCUCUUCACUAGAGUCUUCUCUGAAGACAGUGGCUUUUGCUUAAAUGUGUACACUUUUCUCCAGGACUCUGCUACAUCUUUUCCCUCUGAUUUUCCUUUUCUGAACCCUGCCUCCCAUGUUAGGCAACAAAAAGCUAAAUAUUCUUUCUGUAAGCUAAUUUUCCUUUAUUUUGUUGUUCUUGUUUCUAUGUCUUUUUGAGACAGAGUUUUGCUAUGUAACUCAGAGUA